AUGUGGAUAAACACGAAUCCGACAAGGUUCACGGAGCCCUGCUCACCCCAAUUCAUCAUUUGCAUCAAUUGUCAGCUCAAUGGUACUGGAUAUGCGAUUGGAGUUGAGGCGUUGAGGAGGACAGAGGCUGAAAAUCCUACCAAAGUGGGGCAGUUCAUCGGUUUCAAUCGGUCCACAUUUGCAUGCUCUUUUCGCUUUCACCGAGAGCUCUCAAUAAAACCAGCUACUUCUGCCUGGAGCACGCAUAGUUGCAAGCAUCAUGGCUCAUUUUCACGACUCAACUUGAGCAAAGCCCUAAAGAACCCACUUUCAGCAUCAUGGCUACAAAAAACUAAAGGCCCUGGCAACGAAAAUGCAGCCGCCAUAAUAAAAUUCAAAGGUCACUUUGCCGGCCCACGGCAAGACACAUCUUCUUCAACCCAUUUCGGCUCUGGUCCGUGUGAAACACACACAAGCCGUGAGACGGUCAAAUCUGGCAAAGAGGCGAGCGCAGAGUUGACCAGAGACCGGGAGACGUGGAUUGAUGAGCACGGCCGUGUGUGCACCAGAGAACGUCUGUGUCGUGUUGCCUACCAGCGAGGUGUGUAUGAGUUGGCCGGCCUUUAUCGGUAUCUAAUUGCCAAAAAUGCCGAGAGUCAAGACUCUGCAACACAAUGCCGCACACCUUCAAGUAAGACUCCGUCCGAGGUCACGAGAAUAAAAGGAGAAAUUGUCUUUACUUUCUCUACAAGUGUCCUAAAAAUGAAGUAUUCCAUGGGACUAUCAAAUUGUCUAAGGUCAAAAUUUUCCAAUUAUUUGCAAAACUAUUUACUACGUGACAAGUAG